UGUUUUCUAUGCUCUCAUGAUCAUGUCAUUUCUGAUUGUUCAAAGUUCAAAAAUCUUUCCAUCUAUGAACGUAUGAAUUUUGUGCGAGAUAAGUUUUUAUGUUUCCGAUGUCUAGGAAAAGGGCAUUCACGCACGGAAUGUCGCUCAAGAAUCCGUUGUGGAGAAACUCAUUGUCCAUACACUCAUCACCCCCUACUCCAUGGACAGAAUCUUAAAACUCAAGAUAUGCGUGAUCCCUCGAAGUCGACGACGAUCGUCACAAAUACCAGAGCUCAAAAGACCCAUGUGUCACCAAGCUAUGUGCUAGGUAUUAUACCAGUGAAGUGUCGUGGUCCCAACGGAGUUUCGAUAACACACGCUCUUGUUGAUGAAGGAUCAGAUACUUCUUUUGCAAGUGAGUCGCUAUUAAAACGGGUUGGAUUGAUGGACUUGCCGCUAGAAAAGCUCCAGAUACACGGAGCAACCGGUUCCGUUCAAAUCAGAUCGUGUGAGACCCAAGUCACAUUGGGUGGAGUUGAUUCGGAUCCAGAAUAUCCACUGAUGGUCAAAUCCUUACCCGAGGUUAGCAAGAACCUACGAGGGCUUUCAUGGAAAUCAAUCCAAAACCGAUGGGAGCAUUUAAAAGAUUUACCCCUCCCUCAAGACGGAGGGAAGGUAGAGCUCUUAUUGGCUCUGGAUUCAAAAUCGUUGAUCAUGCCUCAAGAAUGGCGUUGUGGAACACAAGGCGAGCCGUAUGCCUUCCGCACACCUUUGGGCUGGGUGGCUCGUGGCUGCAUCCAAGAAGAUCAAGGUGUUAACCCUUAUGUACAUUUUGUCCAAGCCGAGGAGGGCAACCUUGAUCAAAGGCUUUCUGAGUUCUUUGCAACAGAAACGUUUGGCUCGGAGCUCAAAAAGUCUGGAGGGAAAAUCCUCAAUCUACAGGAUCAAUACGCACUUAAACUAAUCAAAGAAACGACCAAGAAACUUCCAGAUGAAGCUGGAUAUGAAGUGGCUCUCCCGUGGGUACCAGGGAUUCCUAAACCCAAAAACAAUCGAAGUUUGGCUUUGAAACGAUUUGAGGGUCUAGAACGUCGAUUUCAACGGGAUUCAAACUUUAAGAAGGCGUAUGCCAAAGCCAUGGGAACCUAUCUGUCCCAAGGAUACGCCAAAUUGAUCGAGCAGCCCAAUGAGUUGGAUCAUUCAAGUCAAGCUUUCCUUCCACAUCACGGCGUGUGGAAGAAGUGCGGGGUGAAAAUCCGAAUAGUCUUCGAUUCCGCCGCCAAAUAUGAAGGAAGAAGUCUCAAUGAUUGUUUAUUGACCGGUCCGUCAUUGCAAAAUGACAUUUUCGACAUUAUGAUCCGGUUCAGGGAGGGUGAUGUGGCUGUAGCCGGGGACAUCGAAGCCAUGUUCAGUCGAGUGCGUCUUUUGGAAGGGGAUGCCCGAUACCAUCGCUUCCUUUGGAGAGAAAAUGAAUCCGACCCAAUCCGUACGUACCAGAUGACAGGUGUCGUGUUCGGCGAUUCACCAUCCCCUUGUCUUGCUAUUCAUACGGUUUUACAAACCGCUGAGGAUGCUAAUUGCUCCGAAUCUACCAAACAUCGUAUUCAAUCUCAAUUCUACGUUGAUGACUAUCUUGAUAGUUUCUCAUCGGAAAGUCUUGCCAUCGAAGAAUCCCUUAACGUGCGCUCAGUUCUGGCUCAGGGGAACUUUAACCUGGUUGGCUGGGUGUCGAAUAAACCUAGAGUGAUGCAGGAACUGGGGGGAGGGGUUGCAGAUAAUAUCCCUCUCUUGGAGACGAGUGCUGAGAACAAAGUGUUGGGAAUGCGGUGGAACAUCAAGGAAGACGUCCUGGUUUUCGAUGUCAUGAAAACAGAAAUAGACAUUUACACCAGACGAACCAUCUUGAGCCGUCUGGCCGGAUUGUAUGAUCCAAUGGGGCUUAUGGCUACGAUCAUCGUUGCCGGAAAGAUUAAGAUGAAGGAGUUGAUCAUACGAGGCCAAGGCUGGGACGAUGAAAUAGCCCAGGAUCAAACUGUUUGGUGGAAGAGAUGGAUGGGAAAUCUGAAACACCUAUCUGAAGUCAGAUUUCAAAGGUCCUACUCUCUAACUCCGGAUUGUGAUGCUGAGUAUGAGGUUCACACCUUUUGUGAUGCCUCAGAAGACGCGUUUGCAGCCACAAUCUAUUUGAGAACCGUGAGGAAAAAUGAUGUCGAGAUCACUUUGAUUUGUUCAAAAACCAGGGUUUCUCCAAAGAAGCCUAUGACCAUCCCAAGAUUGGAAUUACAAGCUGCUGUAUUAGGAGCUCGACUCGCGCAACACGUUGUCCAAGCCCUUUGCGUGGAAGUUUCCAGCCAAGUCUACUGGACUGAUAGCAGAAUCGUUCGGGCCUGGAUUGCUAACUCUGCACAUCAUUUCAAACCCUUUGUCGCUCACCGGGUUGGUGAGAUCCAAACCAUAACGUCAGUUGAGGAUUGGCGACAUGUGCCUGGCAAAGAGAAUCCUGCCGAUUUAGCGUCUAGGGGGGUAAUUUCGGCCCGCGAGAUUCCUCGAGUUUGGUUCUCUGGCCCAGAGUUCCUGCUUCACCCUGAAGAGCAUUGGCCUCAAGAUGUACAAUCGGAAGAAUCCGAAGAAUAUGAAUCAAACGAAACAAAAUUAGAGACACGGUCAAGGUUCCAUGGUCCUCAAAUACACGUCUGCACUGUGGGGAAAGAUUUUGAAACCUUUGAGAGUGCAGUCGAAUCAAAGAUGGAAGCAAACAAUCAAAUAUUUUCAAUGGCCGAGGAAGAGCUGAUCCGACAAUCUCAACUUGAAGCAUUUAAUGCUGAUAUCGAAGCAUUGAAGAGCGGGAAAUCAAUAUCAAAAUCAUCAAGAUUGCUUCAACUUUCGCCGUUCUUGGAUAAGGCGGGAAUAAUUCGAGCAAAGGGCCGUAUUGGUUGCGCCGAAGUGGACUACAACCAAAAGCAUCCGAUAGUGAUGUGCCCCAAGGUUCCACUCACCACCCUCAUUGUCAAGCAAUAUCAUAUGAAUAAUCACCAUCCUGGCACCAACCACCUUCUUGGACUUCUUCGGCAAAAGUAUUGGAUCCUCAGGGGAAGGGAGCUCGUCAAGAAGAUACGCCUUGGUUGCCGAAGAUGUCAGAUCCAAGUGACACGCCCUCUGAUCCAAGAAAUGGCCGAUCUUCCGCCUGAAAGAAUGGCUAUCGCCAAACCACCGUUCUAUCACACAUCUAUCGACCUUUUUGGUCCUCUAGAAAUCGUGGUGCUUCGUAAUGGGAUUGAAAAGCGAUGGGGAGUCAUCUUUACAUGCAUGACUACACGAGCCAUUCACUUAGAGGUAGUACCUUCAUUGUCAACUCAGGAUUUCUUGAACACCUUCAGAAAUUUCCUUAACACCCGAGGUCAACCUUCCACUGUCUAUUCCGACAAUGGUACCAAUUUUGUCGGUGCCAAGAAUCUACUACAGGAGUUGGAAUGGAAAGCACCAAGAGAAUUUCGAUCAGUGGAAUGGAAGUUCCAGGUACCUGGUGCGCCCCAUUGGGGCGGUGUUCAUGAAGCCCUCGUCCGAUCCGCUAAGACUGCCAUGAAUAACGUCCUUGACCAAGAGCAGACUUCUCGUCGCCAUCUGCGAGAAUCAGAACUUCGAACUGUUUUUUGCGAAGUCAUGGGUCUUCUUAACUCUCGUCCAUUGUGCUAUGUGGGUUCCGAUCCCAAUGAUGCUCAAGUGUUAACUCCCAAUCAUUUUCUUUUACUUCGAGGGACAAAAGAAGUUCCCAACGGAAUUUAUUCGGUUCUUGAUACUCGUCGACACUUCCAAUAUGUACAAGCUGUAGUGGAGAAGAUCUGGACACGUUGGACUCUUGAGUAUCUGCCAACUCUGCUUUCUCGAAAAAAAUGGACCACCAGGAUGGAAAAUGUGCAAGUGGGUAAAGAGGUCUUACUCGUGGGGAGUCCAGAACCCCAUUCGAAGUGGAAACUGGGUCGAGUAAUCGA